AUGGAUUACGUCUUCUCCGUGUACCAGAUCAACCUCAUCCCUACAGGUGGUCAAGCCCUGCAGAUCGUAGCCACUAUCGGUGCGGCCGCAUUGAGUGACCUUUUCAAGGCGCGACUCUCCAUGAUCGUCAUCAUCGCGGGUAUCGGUAUGCUCGGUCACAUCUUGCUCUCGGUAUGGGACAUUGGGUUCUCCGGUCAAUUUGCAGGGUACAUGCUCAUCUACUGUGCUGUCGACGCGGGCGCACUUUGUUUGACUUGGUUCUCCGAGAUCUGCAGUGCCGAUGCCGAGGUCCGAACCAUCAUUAUUGGUCUCGCGAACGGAGUUGGGUACACUUGGAUUGCGGGUUUCCCAUUCUUGAUGUAUCCAGCUUCUCAGGCUCCUCAUUACAAGUACGGCUACGAAAUUGGGGCUGGAUUCUACGCCAUCACCAUCACCGGCUGUACCGUCUUGGCUAUUCUGCUCAAGCGCUACGGCACGCCUUAUCAAAAUGUUCCUAAGUCUGGUGACAAAGAUGCCGAUCAAGGGUCUGAGGGGGAGGUUGGCGGAAACUCGCAGGACAAGGAGAAAGAGCUCGAUUUUGAGAGGACUGAGGCUGUUGCCCGACUUUCCCAUGGGAAUGAGAGAAACCAGCGUUCAUAG